AUGAGCAAAACUGGAUUGGUGCCUUAUUUGUUUAGAAAGACUAUGGAUAGGGACAAAGUCCCUCAUUUGAGCUGUUUGUGCACUGUCCUUUUGGUGCUCAUUUGGACUGGCAUCUCACAUGCCCAGAAGGAUUGUACAGGAGCGGAGUGCAAGCAACUGGAGAACUGUAUUGAAGAGGUGCUUGAGCCUGGUGAAUGCUGUGCCUCUUGUUUGCAACAUGGUUGUACUUGUGAAGGCUACCAGUACUAUGACUGUGUCAACGUGGGAUUUAUGAAUGGCAAAGUACCCGAAGGGCAAUCUUAUUUUGUGGACUUUGGAAGCACUGAAUGCUCGUGUCCCAAGGGAGGAGGCAAGAUCAGCUGCCAGUUUAUGCUUUGCCCUGAGUUGCCCCCAAACUGUAUUGAUGCUGUACUACCAGCUGAUGGCUGCUCUCAGUGUGGAAGAAUAGGCUGCCUCCAUGAAGGUCAGAAGUAUGUAGCAGGCCAUACGUUCCAUAUUCCUCCAUGCAAGGUUUGCCAUUGCCCAAAUUCUGGAGGUGAACUGAUGUGCUACCAGCUCCCAGACUGUGGUCCAUCCACAUUAAAUCCUCAGAGCCCAACGGAUACUGAAGAGAACGAACCGGAGAAGCACUACGACGAUCCGUACAGCUAUGACCAAGAGGCACCCGAAGGAGACGCCACUCAGGUGGAACCUCCUACAAAACACAGGAACUCUGCAGCCCAUACAGAAGAAGACAGCAUUGGCCAAGAACAAAGUGAGGAUUAUGAGUACCGUGUAAUCAGCGUUACUUCCCCACCGUUGACUCAACCUGUUACACACGCUGAAGAAGCUGCUGUAGCAGUCAACACGCACACUCCUAUUCCCCACCCUGAACUUAACAAUGCAAUGGAACAAGAAGAGGAAAAGAGAGACCUAAGCACCACAAUGGCACCCACAGUGCAGGUUCUGAGUGAAAAAGGAACUGUGACUAGCAGUGCUCCUGAGGAGCAAACAACUGCUAUGACGGAGAUGCCCACGCAAGCGGUAGAAUCAGAGAGAAAAUCAAAGGGGAAACAAGGGGAGAGAGGGAGACAUGAACAAGAAGGAUAUGCUCGCCCUAAACCAAGAAAACACAUGAGAAAAGAUUAUAAAGAGCAGGGGGGCGGUAUAUCUCCAGCUCUGAAAGAGACAAAUGUAACCGUGUCACAUGGUCACAGACCUUCCCAUGAAAAGCAUGGAGGAAAUACUUUCCCCAAGGUCAAAUUUAGUCCCACAACAUCCCCUCCCAUUGCUCUGAAAGAAGAUCGUAGUCAGGCAUCCCAAAAGCAGUCACAGACACUUUAUCGUUACCAACCUGAAGAAGAAGGAGACCCCAAUUCUAUUCAUGCUGCUUCCAGGUUACCAGAAGGUUCCACAAAGGACUUAAUUGAAACUUGCUGUGCAGCUGGACAACAGUGGGCUAUAGACAAUGGGGAAUGCACAGAAAUCCCAGUCAGUGGGACUGAUGGUGAUAUUUGCAGAAUUGCUCAGCAGCAGUGUUGUGUCUCAUACUUAAAAGAAAACAGCUGUGUUGCUGGCAUGAUCGCAGCCAAGGAAGGAGAUUUGUGUGGACCCGACGAAAGCGAUACCUGUGGAAGAUCUUUUUAUAAGCAAUGUUGUGAUUGCUGCACUCUGGGACUGAGAGUAAAAAGUGAGGGGCAAACCUGUGAGUCCAACCCAAAUCUCGGCUAUCCCUGCAACCACGUGAUGCUAUCCUGCUGUGAAGGAGAAGAUCAUCUUAUUCCUCCAGAAAUAAAAAGGCAUCCCGAACCUCUGCCAACAGUGACACCUGAGAGAAUUUCAGAAACUGAGGAUCACAAUGAAGCCUUGUCCAUCAGUAACGAAGCUGAACUGUCUAACAGCUUACCUGGAGAUGACCUGGAUGAGUGCCUUGUCUAUCCUGGAGAGCUCUGUCAGCACCUGUGCAUCAACACAGUGGGAUCUUACAAGUGUUCAUGUUUCCCAAGAUUUACUCUGCAAGAUGAUGGGCUCAGCUGUAAUCCAGAUAUUGAUGAUGGCCAAAACACUGACUUAGGAGUGGAAGCCACCAUUGCUCCAGAAGCCUCUAAUAUUCAGCCUUCCACUAUUAAGACUUUACAAGUAGAGCAAAAUAAGUGUAAAGAUAAUGGCCCCUGCAAGCACAUCUGUAAUAUUGUGGAAGGAAAUGCUGUGUGCUCUUGUUUAAGUGGAUAUGCUCUCAUGGCUGAUGGCAUUUCCUGUGAAGACCUGGAUGAGUGCCUUACAGGUGCUCACAGUUGUUCCAGAAGCCAAUUCUGUAUGAACACAUUGGGAUCAUUCUACUGUGUCAACCACAGGGUGAUCUGUGCAGAGGGCUUUAUACUCAACAUGCAUAGAAAAUGUGUUGAUAUUAAUGAAUGCGUCACAGAAGCGCACACCUGUAAGCGAGGAGAACACUGUAUUAACACAGUUGGAUCAUUUACGUGUCUCCAAGAACUCAGCUGUCAGCCAGGCUAUGAAUUUAAGGAUGGUGAAUGUGUUGACAUUGAUGAAUGUGUGAGAGGAACUCAUAGUUGUCAAGUAAACUCUGUAUGUCAGAAUACAAAGGGAUCAUUCUAUUGUGAAUCAAAGCAGCGAUGCAUGGAAGGAUUUUUACAAGACCCGGAGGGUAAUUGUGUCGAUAUUAAUGAAUGCACUUCACUUCCUGAGCCGUGUAAGCCUGGAUUCAACUGUAUCAAUACUGUUGGAUCGUACACUUGUCAGAGAAACCUGUUAAUGUGCAGCAGAGGCUAUCAUUCCAGUGAGGAUGGAUCUCGAUGUAUCGAUGUUGAUGAAUGUCAGACAGGCAUACACCGCUGCGGAGAGGGACAGAUUUGUCAUAAUCUACCUGGAGCUUAUCGCUGUGACUGCAAGAUGGGCUAUCAGUAUGAUGCAUUCAACAGAGCCUGCAUUGAUAUAAAUGAGUGCUGGAAUUACCCAGGACGGCUGUGUCAGCACACCUGUGAGAACACUCCUGGGUCCUACCAUUGCUCUUGUUCAUCUGGAUUCCGCUUGGCCUAUGAUGGGAAGCACUGUGAAGAUGUGAAUGAAUGUGACAGCACUCCAUGCAGUCAGGAGUGUGCCAAUGUCUAUGGUUCCUAUCAAUGUUACUGCAGGCAAGGGUACCAGCUAGCAGAAGACGGCCAUUCUUGUAAAGAUAUUGAUGAGUGCACACAAAGUGCGGGUAUUCUUUGCACUUUCCGCUGUGUGAAUGUUCCUGGUAGUUACCAAUGUGCUUGUCCUGAGCAAGGAUAUACUAUGGCAGCAAAUGGAAGAACAUGUCGAGAUAUUGAUGAAUGUGCAAUAGGAACCCACAAUUGCUCAGCUGCAGAGUCUUGCUACAACAUCCAGGGCAGCUACCGAUGCCUCUUGUUUGAGUGCCCUCAGAACUACAGAAAAGUAUCUGACAUGAGGUGUGAACGCAACAAUUGCUUUAAUUAUGUGGAUUGCCAAAACACCCCUGUGCGAAUUACUUACUAUCAACUCAACUUCCAAACCAACAUCGUAGUCCCAGCUCAUAUUUUCCGUAUUGGACCUUCACCUGCCUAUGCUGGAGACAACAUAAUCCUUACCAUCAACAAAGGAAAUGAAGAAAACUACUUCAGCACUAGAAAGCUUAACUCCUAUACAGGCAUUGUCUAUCUUCAGCGACAAGUGAAGGAGCCUAAAGACUUUUUGUUAGAUGUUGAAAUGAAAUUAUGGCGUCAAGGAACAUACACAACUUUUCUUGCCAAAAUUUACAUAUUCAUCACAGCUCAUGCUUACUGA